AUGCCAUCACAUCUUUUCGAUAAACUCUUGAUCCAAAUCGGUAGAGCUUGCACACCACUCUACGGAGCCAACAAGGGAAAGUUGCUCGUUGUCGUCGAUGUUCUUGAUGCCAACAGAGUUUUGGUUCAAGGUCAAGAUGUCCCAAGACAAGUCAUUUCUACUGGUGAUAUCCAAUUGGUCAAUGCUGUUGCUCAGAUCACAAACAAGUCAACCACAGAGGAAGUUGUCAAGGCUAUCUCUUCCUCCGAUUUGCAAAAUGCUUUGUUGAGCACAUCAAGUGUUAAGAAGGCAUUGAAACAACAAAAGAGACAAAGCUUGAACGAUUUCGAUAGAGUCAAGGUUCAAAUCUUGAAGAAGAAGAAGAAUGCCCUCUUGAGAGAGAAAUUAAACGCUUUGGUCCAAAAGAGCGGAAGUGAAGUUGUGAAGAAGCUUGCUGCCAAGAAUGCUCCAUUGAAGCAAUAA